AUGCUGUUACUGUUCAAUGAAGUAAACGGUCGUUUUCGCUGUAAAAACAGGAUCCAGCCAUGCAGCGAAGACUGGAGCAAUGAGGGGCCGGACAGCAAAGAAAAAUCCCCCACCCCAUCGGCCAAGGAGCUCUCAGUAUCACCGAAAUUAGAAGCCGAAGACAAACCUCCGAGGAUCAGGCUCAAAGCUAACCUAGCCACCGAUCCGGCCCUGCAAACGAAACCCGAACUUGAAUCGAACGAAUCUCCUAGCGAAUACCUCGCCAACCUGCAGAGCGCUCUAGUCUCCAGAGGAUUCUACCUCCCGAACCUCCCAGCUGGCUCUGAACCACGUCAAGCCGAAACUCCUGAUAGUCGACAGCCUGCUGUACCGAUCUUCCAAUGCCCACCUUGUGGUAUCCGGUUCUCUUCCCUCAGCACCCUAGAAGCUCACCAAACCUACUAUUGCUCGCACAGGGCCAACAAGUCGAACGAUGACGAGUCCAAAUCGACGGGUGGCGAACCUAGCGGCAGCCAGUCAGACAUAGACGCGUCAGAAGCAUCGAAGAACCUUCGCGUCAAUAAACAGUACACGUGCACUCAGUGCUCGUACAGUGCCGACAAGAAGGUGAGCUUGAACAGACACAUGCGGAUGCACACAGUAUCGCCUAGCCCGAGCAACAGUACCAUAACAAACGGUGAAGCACCUUUGGACAGCCAGGACAGAUAUUGUGCCGAGUGUGACAUAAGGUUCAGCUCACAGAAGACAUUCCGAGCUCAUAAAAUGCACUACUGCAAUUCCAGGCACAUGAUCAAAUCAGCCCCAAGCGCUAAAGCCACUUCAAGCACCUCGGGGUCAUCCCCAACGUCCCCAGUUGAAACAACCUCCUGUAAAACUCCGCCGUCUCCCUCAGUCUCGAAUGCUCCUACCCAGCCAUUCCUAGCAUUACCUACAAAUCCCAUCAUCAUAGUGCCAUACUCACUAUUUCGCAGCGCUAGUGUUCUGCCAGGUCUGUCAGGAGCUGCAGGACUGCCUGCUCCUGAUACCCCUUGUUUCCUUCUUCCAAAUGGUACCCUCCAACCUAUGACCAAAGCCUUGAAUUCCAACCAACAAAACCAACAAUCCGAAGUGUCCAAGCUAGGGGGUCGACCGAAGGAAACCAUAGUGAUAAAAGAAUCCUCAGCGCCUUUAGAUCUGAGCUUGCGCAAAUCCCUCGACUGCAAUGACCUGGUGAUCGAUCUAGGAGAUGAGCAAGAGAAAGAGAACCUCAAACGCACCCCUAGUCCCGAGAAAAUCGAGUGUGUACCGUCCCUACAUGGCUCACCUCCCACCACCCCCGUGUCCCUAAACAACUCUUCCCCCAGGCUCAUUUCACCGCCGAAAAGGAAGUUGGAGGACAGUUCUGGAGGCACUAGCCCCAAAAGAUCUCGGUCUGUCACUAAGUCUGCCACUGGCGAUAAGCCGAGGACGAGCCCAGAGGCUUUCGACAUGCCCAGCUCGCUACAUCCCCUGUUGAUGCGCGGAUCGCUACCGCUGUUCUCGCCUGAGAUACAAAUGAGGCUCUCCGAAUUGCCAGGGAUGCCGCCAGUGAUGCCUCAGGUGUUGGUCAAGCAAGGGGUCUCCAAGUGCAAGGACUGUAACAUAGUGUUCUGCAAACUGGAGAACUACGUUAUCCACAAGAAGCAUUACUGUUCGGCGAGGGGUCACGAGGAAGAUGCUUCUAAAGCGUCUAGCAGUCCGCCGGUCAGCCCCAAGAGCAGCGGUACUACCAGCCCGGCAGCUCAGUAUCAGCAGUUGAUCUGUUUGGCAUGCGGCAUCAAGUUCACCUCGCUGGACAAUCUCAACGCCCACCAAGCCUACUACUGCCUGAAGAGAGGCGAGAUCGGCGAGGCUAGGAAGUGUGGGAAGUGCAAAGGAAUGCUGGAACCUGGACAUCAGUGUAUGCCGAACACGACGUUUUGGAAGUGUCCCUGUUGCGACGUCAUCAGUCCCACGGCCAGUGCAGCCCAGAGGCACAUGGACAGUCAUACGGGGGUGAAGGCGUACAGGUGUACGAUUUGUCGCUAUAAGGGGAACACGCUGAGAGGCAUGAGGACUCAUAUCAGGAUGCAUUUCGACAAAAGGUCUCCCGAUCUACAGGAGGAGAAAUACAUCACCUAUAUCAUCGAGGACGACAGCUCGAACACGAUCGAGGUGAACGCCGUCCCCGCCCUCCCGACCCCCAACCUCACCGAGGACCGCUCUCGCUCUCCCAACGACCCCCCCGAGCCCACGCACCACUGCUCCCACUGUUCCUACACCUCCCCGUUCAAGGCCAACGUGCUCCGCCAUCUCAAGCUCGUCCACGAGCCGCCCAAAGACGAGCCAAUCACCAACGGCGACGACAGGAAGCAAAGGCCGGGGCCAGAGGACGAAGAAGAAGAAGAGAUCGUGGUGAAGAAGGAGGCUAUGGAGCCGGAGGUGAUCAUAGCGCAAGGAGACGAGCCGAUAUUGAAGGAGGAAGAAGAACCCGAUCCGACGUCAUCGGUGCCGGCGCGGCCUGGUGCGAAGUACUGCAAGUCUUGCGACAUCUAUUUCAAUUAUUACUCGACUUUUAUCGCGCACAAAAAGUUCUAUUGUUCGAGUCACGCCGGCGAGGUGACGAUGGCCAAUGCGAACAAUAACAAUCAGACCUCCAGGGCCGCGGAAGAGACGUCGGCCAACGUGCUCCGCCGACUCAACCUCGUCCAAAAGCCGCCCAAAGACGAGCCAAUCACCAACGGCGACGACGACAGGAAGCGAGCGGAAGAGGAAGAAGAAGAAGAGAUCGUGGUGAAGAAUGAGGCUAUGGAGCCGGAGGUGGUCAUAGCACAGGACGACGAGCCGAUAAUUAAGGAAGAAGAAGAGCCCGAUCCGACGUCCGACGUCCGACGUCAUCGGUGCCAGCGCGGCCUUGGCUUUUCGACUUUUAUCGCGCACAACAAGUUAUAUUGUUCGAGUCACGCCGAAUCAGACCUCCAGGGCCGCGGAAGAGACGUCGGUGCUAUGAUGUAGUUAGAUCUUGAAACAAUUCUAAGGUUAGGGUCGUCUAAGUAUGUGUUGAAGUUUGGGCCAGUCCUGUUUUUGUAUACGCUCGACAAGAAUUGAUGCCCCGAUAGUUCUUAUUUCAUUGUAAGGGAAAGCAAACUGUCAGUUUUGAGAUGUGAGAAAGUGAAUCAUCUCUUUUUUUUCCUAAUUGACAGAUAAUAGUGUCCAUUGAGGUGUCAUAAUUCGAAUUGGUAGAUUUACUGUCAAACUGAGUGUCAUUUAUCGAAUGCAUUGUGACUUGUCAAAUGUCACUAAUAAUAAUUAGAAUCAAAUUAGAAUUUCCGCACAGGAAAGUGCACUUUUUCAAU